AUGGAUAUCUACCAUCAAUUACCGAAGACCUUUCCUGUUCGGGUAAUACAUCCUUCGCUGAGAAAGUUGUCGUCAUUUUCCUUUACAGUUACCAAUUCAAGAUAUAAAACUGAAUCGGAGGAUGGGAAUCGAAUGUUUAUUCUGGGGACGGGGUAUGUCGGUCAAUUCUUUGCAAGAAACCUCAGAAACGAAGGUUGGACUGAUGUUGGAAGGAGCACAAGCACAGCCAAAAAGGAGGCGCUUGAGGAGAGAGGAUUUGAUAUUAGCCUUUUCCAUACCAAUGAGCCUCAAUUGAGCACAUUGAAGAGCUAUACACACUUGCUAGUGUCUAUCCCUUCUGUGGUAGGCGUUGGCGAUCCUUUGCUUCAGCAUGAAGAACUACUGAGAAGUACUAGAAUGGAUGGAAAUCUUCAAUGGCUCUGCUAUCUGUCGUCUACUAGUGUAUAUGGUGACUGUGGUGGUGCUUGGGUGGAUGAAGAUUAUCCAACAAGCCCUACAAGUGAGUCGGCUAAAUCAAGGUUAGCUGCUGAGGCAGGAUGGUUAAAUCUGGGCGCUAGUCUUGGGAUUUCAACGCAAGUAUUUCGACUUGGUGGUAUCUAUGGUCCUGGUAGGAGUGCUGUUGACACAACAAUUAAGCAGGAACCCUUUUCGAGAAGCCAGAAGAUGAGGAUAUCCAAAAAGUACACAUCCAGAGUUCAUGUUGACGAUAUUUUUCAAGCCCUGAAGGCUAGCAUCCACAGACAACCCUUCCGGAUAAUUGACAAUAUUGUGGACGACGACCCAGCUCCUCGUGACGAGGUGUUUGCCUAUGCUAGAGAAUUGGCUGAGAAGAAGUGGCCAAAUUGGGUCAAGCAUAAUACAUCUACUAAGAAAGCUAUAUCAUAUAACCGAAGAGGCGAGAAGCGUGUUUCUAAUGAACGAAUUAAAAAAGAACUAGGAGUGAGGCUUCUCCAUCCAAGUUACAGAUCAGGCUUGCUAAAUAUUAUAGAUCAGAUGGAAUAUACAUCAUCAUCAGAGAAGUAGACUGUUUAUAUUGUAGAUAAAUUGGAAGUAUACUGGUUUCUGCAACCAAAGAGUUGCCUUCAU